AUGGCCGGGGCCGGGGCCCAGCGCGGCUGCUGCUCCGCGCCGCGGCAGGAGGUACCGGGAGAGCAUCUAGCCUGUCAUCGAAAAACCGAGGAGGAGCGGCAAAGUGCAGAGCUGCUGAAACAGACUGAAGCCGAGAGGCAGAAGAUCGUUGCGGAGUGGAAGGAGCUGCGAGGGUUCCUGGAGGAGCAGGAGCAGCUCCUGCUGUCCCAGCUGGAGGAGCUAGCCAGAGCCAUUGUCAGGAGAAGGGACGAGGGCGUCUCCAGACCGUCCGGGGAGAUUUCCCUACUCGGAGAGGAGGGGCAGCAGCAGUCGAGGAGCCAAUCCCCGCAGGGUGCUGGAUGCACUGAGAGCAGCAGGGAGGAUGGACCGUUUCAGAAGCCAGAGCCGGGGUUUGCGGAGCUGGAGAAGAGACUCAGCGAUUUCUCUCUGAAAAGUGCCAUCCUGCAGGAGGUGCUGCUGGGAUUCAAAGAGACUCUGCGGCUGGAGCUGGAGAACCACACAGCAGGUGAUGGGGCAGUGAGUGAGAACGAGGAGAAGAAUCUGCAGCAGGGAGAUACUCAGCACAUGGAACCACCCCGGAUGUUAUCCGAAAGAUCUGAAAAGACUAUUCACUGGAGUCACAAGCAGAGAAAAGGUCAUGAGAGUCAGCACUGGUCAGAGAAGCAGCAGGGGAAACAGCCAGAGGAUUGUUGGGGAAGUGGCAAGGGUCUCCAGGAAACCACAACCCAGCAGAGAAUCCCCCCAGGAGAGAGAAAAAACACCUGCAGUGAGUGUGGGAAAACCUUCAGUAGCUGCUCAGCUCUUAUUACACAUCAGAGAAUCCACAUUGGCAAGACACCCUAUAGAUGCUGCGAGUGCGGGAAAAGCUUCAAUCGGAACUCGCACCUUAGUAGACAUCGGAGGCUCCACGCAGGACUGAGACCCUUUAAAUGCUCCGAGUGCGGGAAAAGUUUCAGUGUGAGCUCAAACCUCAUUGCACAUCAGACAAUCCACACAGGAAACAGGCCCUUUACGUGCUCUGAGUGCGGGAAAAGCUUCAAUCGGAACUCAAACCUCAUUACACAUUUUAGAAUCCACACAGGAAGUAGACCGUUCACAUGUGCUGACUGUGGGAAAAGCUUCACUGACAGCUCAAACCUUACCCAGCAUCAGAGAACCCACGUGGGGGAGAGACCCUAUAGAUGCUCAGAGUGCGGGAAAAGCUUCACUCGGAGCUCAGACCUUAUCAGACAUGAGACAAUCCACACAGGAGACAGACCUUUUAAAUGCUCCAAGUGCGGGAAAAGUUUCAAUCAGAACUCUCACCUUAUUACCCAUCAAAGAAUCCACAAGGGAGAGUAACCCUGUAAAUAGCUUGACUAGAGCUGGCCAGAGUUUGGGUUUUGUUUUGUUUUUUUAUAAUACAUUUGCUAUUUCCCACAUAGUGACUUUCAAAGCUGUUUGCACUAUUUGCUUCACUCUGGUCCCUCCGCUCCAACUGAGUUGCCUGCUUUUGCCGCUCACCCUUCUUUGGGGUGAAGCCCAUCGUCCGUUCUCUCAAUUCCUUGAUAUCCUCCCUAAGUCAUGGGAGCGUGUGCCCCUCCUGACAGGAAUGUCUGUCAGUCCCAGACAGGGAGAUAGGGGUGACCUCAGCUAGCUACACUGAGGUAAAAUCUACCUGGACCUUGUCUCCACUCGGGUUUUCCAUGGAGUUCGCAAGCUUGAGUUAGCGAUCUUGAUUUAAAUGCUAAGCUAUUUUUGCUGUAAAGACAUAGCCCUGGGAAAGUGGUUGGGGUUAGCUAGCACUUUUCUGCUUAAGCUGACCAAACCUGCACCACUCUUCCUAGUUCAAACAACCCUAAGGAUCGCAUUUAUAUUUACUCCUGCAGGAAUUCUGUGCUGAAAAAAUAAAAAUUCCGCACACAAUAUUUUAAAAUUCUGCCAAUGUUAUUUGUCAAAAUAACACUACAUAAUCAUGCCCGUUUCAGUUAUUUUGGUAAUUUAUUUCAAAAUACUUGUCAAUAAGUAUGACUGUAACAAUACCGACACACACAAAAUUUCCCCCAGGAGCAGAGAGUUAAAGAAACCCCUUUAACAGCCCAGUUCCUGUUUCUCU